AUGUCCCCCGAGGAGCUCGCCGCCCUGCUCUGUGGGGAAGGAGACGAGCGCCUCUCCCUGCAGGAAUUUCCAGCAGCCACAGCUUUUUACCUGGCCGCCUUCAGCUGCUGUGCCCACACAGCGGUGCAGAGAGUGAACUCCAUGGCCCACGGGCUCUGGGAGAGAGUGGUGGCCACCUUGGAGGCCUGGUGCCAAGGCAAGGCUCAGAUCCCCAAAAUCCAGAGCAGGAACUUGGCCGUGGUGUCCCUCAGCGUGGGAAUAGCUGCGAUUUUCCUCUCCACCCUGAUCCCCAACAACGUGGUGGCCUCAGUGUACGAGCUGGAGGCCCUGCUGAGGCGAGGGUGCUCGGAGGAGGUGGUGAGGAAAUGCAAUCUCCUGCUGGAGGGUAACCCGAGGGGUUCCAUGGAGCUGCUGCUGCUGAGGGCGCUGGCACGGGUGCUCUCAGGGACACAGGUUGGGAAGGGAAUCCUGGAUUAUGUCCAAGCCUUUGUGCUGCACCAAACUGAGGCAGCAGCCUACGUGUGCAGCAGGCAAAGGGAGCACCUGCCCCAGGUCGUCCAGGCUUUCUCUGAUCAUCUCUCCAGGCGCCAGGAGGAAAGCCCAAGCUGCAGCUCCUCAGAGCAGUGGCUGGGUGAGUGCUACAGAUUCCUGGCUGAGGUGGCACCAGGGCAUGCCUGGGUGUGCAGGGCACGGGCAGCCCACCUGCGAAAAACAGGAGAGUUUCAGGAGUGUGUGGCUGUUUGCACCAAGGCCCUUGAGGGAUUGUCAGCUGAGAAUCUCAGAGGUGAGAAUGUUCUAGCUCUUCUCCUGGAACGAGCUGCUGGGUAUUUCUUCCUGGGAGGAUGCACGCAGGAAAUGAUGCAGGAUUUAGCAGCAGCUUUUGCAGCAGACUCUGCCCAGGCAAUGAAACGCUUUGAAGAGCUUUUCUCAGCCUGUGAUGCUGAGAAGAUUGAGGAGCAAGCCAGAGCUGCCCUGGAGGGGAGGUUUGCAGCCUACAGGGAGGCUGUGCGUGCUCGGACUGAGCUCAGGGGCACCUGUGGCACUGAGCUGCUCCCUCCUGUCAUCCAGACAAUCCAGCUGCUCCUGCACAUCUGCCCAGGGUCCAGCCGGGAGCUCAGGCUGCUGGCAGCAGAGCAGAGCACUUACCACAACACCCUGCUGGCACUGCGAGGCUUCUGCUCCCUCCAUGCCCAGGACCACCAGGGAGCCCUGCAGGACUUCCAGAGGGUCAUUGAGCACGAGUCCCCACAUCCCAGCAGCUGCAUCAAAGCCCUGUGUGGGCGUGGGCUGAUCCGCAUUUCUGGUGGCAGCAAUUACUUGACAGCCCUGGAUUAUAUCACAGCUUGCCAGCUCAAGCUGGAUGAAACCAUCUUCACCAUCAAGUCCUACGUGCCAUGGAACCAGAGGGGAUUGCUGCUGAAGGUCCUCCAGGAGGAAGGACAGAUGAUGCUCCAGAAGAAGAGGUACCCAGGAGGCAGCUCAGUUUCCUUUCAGAAAAAAGCAAACAGGGCUGCGCACAUUCCUAACCUUGAAGGUGUUUUAGAUGCCCCUGGGGUUUUCCAGCUGGCUUCUCUCUUGGUGGAGCUGGACAGCUCUGACGAGGCAUCCCGGAUCCUGUGUGCUGAUGCCCUGUACCAGAUGGGCCGUGGGGAAGAAGCCCACGAGAUGCUGUCACUGGCCCUCUCCAGAAACCCCCAGAGAGCUCCUGUGCUGGCCAGGCUGGCCCUGCUGCAGCUCAAGAGAGGAUCUGUGUACGAUGGCAACCAGCUGCUGAGGAGACUGAUCAGAAUUGGAGACUCCUCCUGCCUCCUGCCAGUCGUGGACAUUUUCCAGGACGAGGACAGAAAGCUGCUGCAGAGCCACUGCCGCUGGCGAGCCCUGGCCAUCCUGAAGGGCAAACAGGAGGCUGCUGCCAUCAGAGAGGCCAUUGCCCACCUGUCCUUUGCCAUCCUUGCUGCAGGUGGUUAUGCUGAGGAUUGCCUCCUCACCAGGGCACGAUGCUAUGGGCGCCUUGGGCAGAUGAAAACUGCAAUUUUUGAUUUUAAUGCUGUCCUGAAGGAGGAUCCCAGGAAUGUGCAAGCUCUGAGUGGCCGAGGGUUUGUUCACCUCGCUCUGAGGCAGCAGAAGGAGGCAGUGCAAGAUCUGAUCUCGGCACUGAAGGUGGAGGCAGGAGCAGUGAUCCCAGCAAUCCUGUCCUUGAAGCCUGAAGCCCAAGGCUUGGUCACUGGGUGGCUCCUCCAGCAUGGCAGGGCCACUCUCAGCAAGCUCAUGGCCACCAAAGAUGUCCCAGAAGAAACCCUCAGGGACCUUCUCACGAUGGCAAAAGCACUGACCAAAAUCUGCAGGGCUGCACAACAUCACAUCUUCUACACUGAUGUUCUGAUGGCAAAUGGAAGGCACCAAGAGGCCCUCAAGCACCUGCACGAAGCCUUUGGCCACUGUCCUGCUGAGGACUUUGCCAGGGCUCGCUUGGCUGUGCUGCAGCUGCAGGGCAGGAACGUGGCGGGAGCAGCUGCCCCGCUCAGUGUCCUGGCCAGGAGAGAUGAGAAGGACUUGGCCUUUCUCCUCAACUUUGUAGACACCAAGAAACAGCAGCAUCUCGCUCAGGCAGCAGCCCAGGAAGGGAAGGUGCUGAUGAAAGGCCAUGACCACCAGCAGGCUCUGGGUUACCACAGCCUGGCUGUGCUGGCCAGCAGGGCCAACCCCAGGUAUCUGAGGCACAGAGCUGCCUGCCUGAUGCGCAUGAAAAAAUAUGAAAAAGCUCUGAAAGACAUGGACAAAGUGAUCCAAGAGCAUGGCUGUGUCAAAAAGCGCGACUGUCAUAAAAGGUCACAUAAAGUGAAACUGUCGUAA